AUGGCGCAGAGUCGUCAAAAGAAUUAUGCCGAUCAGAGGUGGAAGCCCUUAGAAUUUGAGGAAGGAGACCAUGUUUUCCUUAAGGUUACUCCGACUACGGGAGUAGGUAGGGUGAUUAAGGCAAGGAAGUUGAAUCCUAGAUACAUUGGUCCAUUUCAGAUCCUGGAGAGGAUUGGACCGGUGGCGUAUCGGAUGGCUCUACCACCUCAUCUUUCGAAUCUGCACGACGUGUUUCACGUGUCGCAGCUUCGGAAGUACACCCCUGAUGCUAGCCAUGUGUUAGAACCUGAGUCAGUUCAGUUAAGGGAAGAUUUGACGCUUCCAGUGGCUCCAGUCAGAAUUGAUGAUACUAGUAUCAAACGGUUGCGUGGAAAAGAGGUUUCAUUAGUCAAAGUGGCAUGGAGUCGAGGCGGCGUUGAGGAACACACUUGGGAACUUGAGUCAGAGAUGCGAACGGAUUAUCCGCAUUUAUUCUCAGCAGCUGGUAAGGUUGGCUCGAAAGUUGUUACCUCAGCAAACUUUAAUGCUACCAUCACUCCAGCAUCUACCACUGCCUCUUCCAGGAUAUCAAGCUCUAAAACACUUGCCUCAGAGGGCUGA